UUUAAAUAUUCAACCAGCUGCUGCCAUCCACAAGAGUAUCCCUGUCAAUUUUUAUAUUUUUCCAACAUGAGUCACAGAAAAUUAAUUCCCAAGCUCUCUAUUCAAUCUCCUGUUCAUCACACCAACUUAAAGGCCCAGUCCACAGAGGCACCUUUUAAGAAAGAAGACUUACAUUUGAUUUCAAAAGACUCCUUGGAAUCUGACGCAGAAAGCCUCACUCGGGAGAUGAAGCCCCAGUCUGAACUUGAAGACCAGAUCCAGGACGACCAUAUGGAGCCUGACAGCUUAGAGGAGGAGAGCUUGAGUGAGACAGAAGAGGAAGCAAGCAGAAGAGCAGCUCAGGUGGCCGGCAAGGAAAACCUCCACGCCCAGGACACGGGUGCAAGUGACAGCCAAGAACCCACAGAAGACAAAUAUUCAGACCUCCGAUAUGACCUGAACUGGAAGAGUAAGAAAGAGGAGGGGCAGCUGUUGUCCGUGGACGCACUGCCGGAGUCUCUGGACAGCUCUACGGAAAAUCUGACCUUGGAUCUACUUUACCCUUCCAAGGAGGCGUGCAUGGAACUCCUGGGGGAAAACGGCGAACAGAAGAAGAGCCCACAGAGUGCAGCCUCCUUACUUGGGAGUGAAUUUUUAAGCCCAAACUAUGAGCAUGGCACCCAUCACAGUGAGUGGUUUUCCGAGCCGAGCUGCAGUGACCCGGAGGAGAAGUCCAGCAACCUCUCUCAGUACUUGAAGAGUUCAAGUUCACAUAAUGAGGUGUUCCUGCCAUCCCGCGGCCCUCGGCGAAGGAAAUCCAAACGAUAUUUUGUGGAAAAAAACAAGCUAACUUUGGGAUUACCUACUCCAAAAACGGACUCGUAUCUUCAACUUCACAAUAAAAAAAGAGGGGAGACUCACCCAGAACAGAUAUCCUACCCCGUCCAAGUAACUGAUGAGGAGGUGUCUACUCAGAACGCCAGAGAGAUCGGGAAUGCCGCCGUCGACCCUGAAGACAAAUGGCAUCAAAAGGCCCAACAGCUAAAGGAUUACGAGGAACACUGGUCUCAAUACGAAAGUGCAAAAUCAAGCGGUGGUCCAAGAAGUCAAUCUUCUGAACCAACCAACGGCCAGCAACCUUCCAGAAGACCAGCCAAGCACAAGCCUCGAAAAAAGCAGAAACACCAGCGUGGCCCGAAGUCUUUGGUGACUGAAGAGCUGGUUGUCAGUGAGGGAAACCAGAAUAACACUUCCAGGCAGCAGCAAAACCAAAGUAAGCCUGCUGAUGCUUCCAUGAAACAUGAAACAGUUGUGGUGGUGAACGGCCCGAACAAUGACUUACAACACUCAAGUGUUCUGAGAAGCCAGGGUCCCAAAGUAACCUCUGACAGAUUGGCUCCACCGCAGCAGGCUUUGGACAGGGUACUCCAUAAAAAUUCUACUGGGUAUCACUCGAUGACGAAUGUUCAUAGAGAAGGAGGCCACCAAGACCAAGAAGAGAAAAGAUUUUUGUACCAGCAGCCACACAUCAGCAGUCUUUCCAAUAUGGAUUACCUUCAUAAACUUACUAGGAAACAGGCAUCCCUUAGCCAGAAAGGCUCUCAGUCUGUUUCUAACAUAGAUGUUAAUGGAUCAACUGAAAAUAAGAAGCAACCCAAACAGAUUUAUAUGGAAACAAAAUAUAAGAACUUAGAAAUAUUAUGGAAAUUUCAUUCUUCCUCUGACAGCCAACCUGCUAGAGCCUCCCCAGACUCACAGCUUGCCCAGAUAAUGGAACAGCAUCAGCAAGCCUUAACGCAGCUGACUGAGGUGCAGCCCCAUGAAGGAGCCCUAUCCGGCGUCACACUUCCACCCAUACUGUCAAGGAUGGAAAGUGAAUCUCAGCUCAGCUCAGGGAGAAGCCAAAGAAACCAAAUGAACAUUAGCCGUAGCAACUCUGAAGGCUAUCUGUUUCAACUGGAAAAAGGGAAGAAGCCUCGGAAAAGCAGCAGCAUUAAGAGUUCCAAGCUGAAAGGUUAUCAGAACAGAGACAUGAAGCUUGGCGGCCUGGGACCUGACCUCGUGUCCGUCAGAGACAAAAUGCAGAAAUUAAUACAGCAGAAGGAAUAUGCAAAACAGGUUAAGGAGUACAACAUGAAGACGCUGUCCACCCUCUCCAAGCCACAAAGUGCAAAGCCUGAAAAUAAAUCCGCCAUCCCUCGGCAGAAGGCUUUGGAAUAUGCCAAGACCAUCCCCAAACCCAAACUCUCAAAUCUGAGUGAUCAAGCAUCAAAGGAAAAGAAAAAUCCAACCCAUGCUGGAAAAGGCGGCACUUUACCUGAAAUCUCACUGCUGGAAAUACUGCGGAACAGACACGAAAGGGAAAAACAGGCUGUGGCCGCUUUCAAAGUCCUUCACAUCGUAUAGACAACAUGUGUGCUGGGGACCAGAGAUGCCAGGGAACCCACCCAGAGAAGAGAAACUCCAGCCCCAACUGUUGUGCGUUGAGAGUGAUGACUUAGUGUCAUCAGCUAACUCCAGUCCAUGUUUGCUUUGUACAGGAUUUAAAAUAUGGGGCCCUAUUAUAUUACAGUGCCUUAUUUUACUUUCCAGGAAGAAA